CAAAAUGGCGGCGGCGGCGGCGUCAGCUCGCGCCGGGCUGCGCUCCCUGCGGAGGCUGGUGCUGGGCCGCACCCCGUUGCCCGGACGGAUCGCGGCGCGGGGGCUCCGCACGGCAGUCUUCCUCCAACAGCAGGAAGAGUUCACCUCCCUUGAGGAAAAGCCUCAGUUCCCAGGCGCCUCCGCUGAGUUCAUAGACAAGCUUGAGUUCAUCCAGCCCAAUGUCAUUUCGGGGAUCCCCAUCUACCGGGUCAUGGACCGACAGGGGCAGAUUGUCAAUCCCAGCGAGGACCCUCAGCUUCCGAAGGAGCAAGUGCUGAAAUUCUACAAGAGCAUGACCCUCCUCAACACCAUGGAUCGGAUCCUCUAUGAGUCCCAGCGGCAGGGUCGCAUCUCCUUUUACAUGACUAACUACGGGGAGGAGGGCACCCACAUUGGCAGUGCUGCUGCCCUGGAUGACACCGACCUGGUAUUUGGACAAUAUCGGGAAGCAGGUGUCCUCAUGCACAGGGGGCAUCCACUGGACCUCUUCAUGGCACAAUGCUACGGCAAUGCCAGUGACCCAGGGAAGGGCCGCCAAAUGCCCGUCCAUUACGGCUGCAAGGAUUUGCACUUUGUUACCAUCUCUUCCCCGCUAGCCACGCAGAUCCCGCAAGCCGUCGGCUCUGCCUAUGCCAUCAAGAGGGAGAACAGCAACCGGAUCGUGAUCUGCUACUUUGGGGAGGGCGCGGCCAGCGAGGGCGAUGCGCAUGCAGGUUUCAACUUCGCGGCCACCCUCGAGUGCCCCAUCAUUUUCUUUUGCCGCAACAAUGGCUACGCCAUCUCCACGCCGACAUAUGAGCAGUACCGGGGCGAUGGAAUUGCUGCCCGGGGGCCUGGCUACGGCAUCCACUCGAUCCGGGUGGACGGCAACGACGUCUUUGCGGUGUACAAUGCCACAAAGGAGGCCCGGCGCCGUGCCCUUGCCGAACACCAGCCGUUCCUCAUUGAAGCGAUGACCUACAGGAUUGGGCACCACAGCACGAGUGACGACAGCUCCGCCUACCGCUCUGUGGACGAAGUGAAUUACUGGGACAAACAAGACCACCCCAUCUCUCGUCUCCGCCACUACAUGGUGGGCCGAAACUGGUGGGAUGAGGAGCAGGAAAAGAGUUGGCGCAAGAAAUCCCGCAAGCGGGUCAUGGAGGCCUUUGAAGAAGCUGAGCGCAAGUUGAAGCCCAAGCCUCAGCUCCUCUUCUCUGACGUCUACUCUGAGAUGCCCAGGCACAUCCAGAAGCAGCAGGAAUCCCUGGAGCGUCACCUCAAGCAAUACGGCGAACACUACCCCCUGGACCUCUACGAGAAAUGACCUGCUGCCCCGGAGUAGGUCCUCGCUCCGCCCUCCCUGACCACCCAGGACUUGCAGCAAAGACUUGGCCCCGGCCCAUUUGUGCAGAACGAGUGACUUCCCGGGUUUGCAGUCGCUGCCGUGUCACUAAGGUGACGAUGUGCAAAGGAAAGAUUGGUUGUGAGAAGGAGCCCGCUUCUGCUCGGAGCCGGGGCCUUGGGAUCCCUCUGGCUUUUCGUAGCCCGCCAUGAAUGGCUCUUGAGGAGUUUCCAAAAACUCCUUUAAUUUGCACAGAGCCCAUGUAAAGCACAGGAGCCCUUCACAUCUCUUCCACCGUGAAUGGGAGUUGCCUUAUCUCUGCUGCUUUCUUUACGGGCGCUCCAGUACUGCCUCUUCCUCCAUUCCAGGUUCAGCUCAAAAUUGGGCCUUCAGGAACGGUUUCCUUCCAUGGAGGAGUUUGUUUGGAGCAGAAAGCCUUUUUGCCAAUAUUAUUAUGGGCCUCGGAGACUGAAAACCUGGGGAACGCGCUUGCUUUGCGGGAUGUCUUACCUUGCUUCGAAGGUCAAGGUGUGAUGGCUGAGUGGGAGGCCACGGCUUGUUUUCCCUAGGAAAUGUCCAGCCCUGCGCUGGGCAAUAUGCUGUCAAACAGACCUGCAAAAUGUUGCCUUGCAGGAAAGUGUGUCUCAAGCUGGAACUCUUCUUCAGCCAACUCCUCCCACGGGGAUGUGUCUCCAAGGGUUUAACUGGGAUCUGGGGGCUUUUAGCAGCUGGAAAGACCUCUGGAGUAAUAUGUGAGCUGGCUUGGGCAGGGAAAGGGAUUGAUAGUGGGGGAACAUGGGGAAUGUAUUCACUGGGCUUUUGGCAGAGCUCUUGGUGAUGGAGGGGUGUGAUUUCCUGCAGCUUUCCGUGGUGGAGGGGCUGAGCUCUUUUGGUCUGUUACACGUCCUCAUUACUGUUACAACUCGAUGGGAUGCGUAUGCCGAAUCCGUGGCGAGUAUCCGGUGAGUGUUUGUCACUAGGCCAAAUUGGGAAAUUAAUAAAGAAAGAAAUGGA